AUGCGUCAUGUUAUCGUCAUUCCAAAACAAGAAAAGGAUGUGUCAAUUCAAACUGAAAACAUGGACAUGGAUGAUCUUGAGGAUGACAUCAUUGAUUUGCGCACACCAGUCAAUGAAGUCGGAACAUUGGCCGUGACGUUAGUCGACGAUUUAAAUCAUAUGUCUGUUGCUGCGACACAUUCUCAAGCAUCUUAUGAGCCGCGUACAUUACGAUCGGAUUGCAAGCGUAACAUGGUGCUGCCUGCGUUUCCGGCAGCAGGGGAAAGUGAACUGCCGUUUCUCCUGCUAGCCAAUGUGCCUAAUCAUGCACUCGGUAAUGAACAGUAUGAACGUCGGCAUUCGACAAAAUAUCGACCACCAUUUCAUGUCAUUGGUGGUCCACCGACAAGUAUUCUUGUCAACACUCGCAUACCAUCUUUGUUCUGGUCAUUUUAUCAAGAAUUAUUCCGUAAUGUAAGCGAACAUUUGCAUCUGGACAUAGCG